CCUGUGAAUACUGUGGUCGCCGGCCUUAAGCUUGAGCAUGCACUGGAACCACAAACUGACCAUGGUCUCGUAAAUUUUAGACGGUACUGUUUAUUAACACACGAGUUGGUGUUGGACAAUCAGGGUGACGUUAAAUAAAACCAGAGCUCGUUAGUGCAAUUCAAACGUAAACAAAUGCCAGCAGACUGCUCCACAGUGUGUCAGCUGAUGUCAAUCACCUGAGCUAAACAUCGAGAAUCAUUAAAUUUUGUGAGAAAAUUCAACAAUUUUAUGUUUUCUUUUGGUCGAUAAUAUUCUCCAGCGCUUUGACAUUGUUUGUUGCAAUAAGGACAACUGGUUUACGUAUAAGGUGACAUUAUUUUUCUUAACAUUUUUAAUAUAAUACAUCUGUGUUAACAAAAGUACGACUAUUUUUUGCUUGUAACACAAUUGAUAUGACUAUUGACACAAAUGCAUGCAAAAGCAAACAUUAACACUGAAUAAUAAUAAAUUGUGCACUAUUAAACAAAAAUUCAUAAUACAAGCACAGACAGAACUUAAAUGAGUAGUAUAGGUUCUCUUAAUUAGUUUGUCUUUAGAUUCAUGCAUCGAUAGACCAAUUGACAUGGCUCUUGCUUAUAUUCUAUUAGGUCUAUCUACCGUGGCCUAUCUGUUAUAUCUUCAUUUCACUCGCACGUUUAACUACUGGAAGGACCGGAAUGUCCCGGGACCAGCGCCCGUGCCUCUGUUUGGGAACAUGAUGGAGUCCGCUUUACGUCGCACACACACAGCACUCGUCAUGAAGAAAAUUUACAAGGAUUUUCCAGACGAAAAAGUAGUCGGAGUGUACAGAAUGACGUCACCAUGCCUCCUAAUCCGAGACCCUGAUAUUGUGAAGCAUGUCUUGAUUAAAGAUUUUGAUAAUUUCGCGGAUCGUGGUGACCAUUUUAGCAAUGAAGGAUUGGGUAGUAAUCUUUUUAAUGCUGAUGCGAAGACGUGGAGAAUAUUGAGGACCAAAUUCACGCCUCUGUUCACUUCAGGUAAAUUGAAAAAUAUGUUGUAUUUGAUGAACCAGAGUAGUGACAAAAUCAUGAAGCACGUUGAAGAGUUAGUUCAAAUGCAACCUGAACAAGAAGUUUAUGAACUCAUGCACAAUUUCACUAUGGGGUCUAUAGCAGCGUGUGCGUUUGGCCUGGAUUUGGACCCGACAGAAAAGGGCGCGACAAUGGAAGCCCUAUACAAAAUUAAUAAAUUAUUAGGUAUGAUGACCUACGCCUAUGAAAUAGACUUACUUUAUCCUGGAAUAUUUGUUAAAUUGGGAGCCUCAUUUUUUUCUGAUGAAAUAGUAAAUUUUUUUAAAGGGCUCGUAGCUCAAGUAACGGCUGCAAGAAAUGGAUUACCAACAAACAGAAAAGAUUUCAUGGAUUUACUAUUAGAGAUGAAACAAGCAAACAUAGUACAGGGAAGCAAACGAUUGGAAGACGAGGACGCGGAUACUUUAGAAAUAACUGAAGAUUUAAUGGCAGCACAGGCUCUUGUGUUUUACUCUGGAGGACUCGAAACAUCUGCAAUUACUAUGACGUACAUGCUUUACCACCUUGCUUUAAAUCCAGAAAUCCAGGAGAGAGUGGCUACGGAAAUUGAAGAAGUCUUGGAGCGACACAGUGGCGAAAUAACUUACGAUGCGCUGAACAACUUGGUAUAUUUGGAUAGAGUUUUCCAUGAGACUCUUCGCUUGCACCCGGUGGCAGAAUCUAUUGUUCGGGUCGCUGCUGCGAACUACAAAGUCCCGGGAACCGAUGUAACUCUUGAAAGGGGAUAUACCGCUGUUGUUUCUACUCUUAGCUUGCAGAACGAUAAAAAGUAUUGGCCUGAUCCGUUAAAGUUUGAUCCAGACAGGUUCAGUCCUGAAAAGGUGGCUAAUAGACAUCCAGGAGUGUAUCUUCCUUUCGGUAUCGGGCCGAGGAAUUGUAUCGCGAUAAGGUUUGCGAAGAUGCAGGUCCGCGGGGUGAUGGCAAAGCUGCUAAGCAAGUUUAGAGUGGAGCCAACGGAGGACACUCGACGGGAGCUCCGGUUUAAUACGUACAAGGUCAUACCGUUCCCGGUCGGAGGGAUCAGGAUGAAACUGUUGCCGAGGCAUUGAAGCUUUUAGUAUUGUUAUUAACGUAAAUAAACUUUCUUUUUAAGUAAA